AUGGCGGCAGUGCUGGGUGCACUAUGCAUCAGCACAGACUCUAUUGAGGUGCCACACAGUUUACCACCUUCUCGUGUCGGCGGGUACCAAGGGUACUCGAGACCGACAUACACUCAUAUCCCAGCGAGUAUUGUAGCACAGAUGUCCGAGGACUAUGUCAGAAUGGGUUCGGCAUUGAAGAGCCGCAGACAGAGCAUCGGUUUUGGUAGCAAUGGGAGAUUGCACGGCAAGCUGACCUACACCGAUAACCAUGGCGAGCCGGUGAAAUUCCUGGCAAUGGAUGAGUUUGAGGAAGAAUUGCAUCAUGCGUAUUGCACCGACCAAACCGUGGAGAUCAGCUUCCACGAAGAAGUCGACUUCCAAGAAAUUAUGAGAGAUUGGAAGUUCAUCAAUGACCACGAGGACAAUCAUGUACUACUUAUCACGACCACUCAGCAAUGUGACAAGGGGCUCGAUGCUACGAACAAUCUUCAGCCUUGGAUCGUCUCGAGCGCGCAAUUUGACGACACGGCCAACAACGUCACGCUGAUUGGGGACCCAGUCGAGUUCUCCCAACUACCAUAUCAUGCUCAGCUCGAAGCAUCCAGUCAGGGCAAGCUCAUUCCCGCGAAGUUCAGGCGUGACGAACCUGCUACGAGCGAGGAGUACAAGACCCCCGGCGACAUCGACUUCAACGUUGAGAUAGCUAAGGUCGGAAUAGCUCUGGGCAGUGCAGGAGACGUGCUCAAGUCUCUCCAAGGAAAGCCCCCAGAUGUCACCAUCGCUUGCAUGAACUGCUCCAUCCAUGGUGGGCUGGACUUCGAUGUCAACAUCCACGCUGAUCUCAACUCCAAGACGAAGCUCAGUGGUGGGAUUUUCCUGAAGGCGAAGGACGUUGGGGCAACUAUCCGCAUCCUGCUGUCAGUCAAUUCCAUCUUGAAGGACGUUAUCAGCACUGAGCAGCCUGUCUUUGGCUAUGUCCCCACGGGGCUGGGAUUCUACUUCGGCAAGAUCAUUGACAUUGGGCCGACUGCAAUGCUGUAUUUCAAGGUGAAUGUAGGCGGGAAUGAGAUGCCAGUUGCAGUGGAAACGGGCUUCGACCUGUCCAUCGACCCCAAUGCCGAGUUCAAGCUGGACUUUGCAGACCCUACAAAGUCUGAUGCCAGCGACUGGCAGCCCAAGUUCGAAGCUCUGGAUCCCCGUGUCUCAGAAGGGAACUACUCUCUCGACUUGCAAAUGGGCCCCGUGCUUCAGUUCGUUAUUGCGGGGAAAGUGCUCGGUAUGGGAGCUGAGGCAGGCUUCGAUAUGGGUGGUGGAAACAUGGACUUCAAGGUAGAACAAGGAGUCAAGAGCGAUAUGUGCAGCAAAAAGCGCUCGACAGGGCGUCCGGACAAUGCUCAGGGUUCCAAAAAGAAUGGAUUCAAUUUUAGUGACCACGUUCACAACCAGAUUCAGGACAGACCAGCAUACCUGAAAUACGACAUGGGCCUCGUCAACGAGAUCAAAGCAUUUGCGGAUGCCAACUUCUUCGGAGCAAAAGCCUACGCAGGACACGUGUUGAAGUCUGAAUCAACUCAGCUCGCAACAACCUGUGGUGAACUGCCUCAAACGACAGAGUUCCUCAAGACGAAUGCUGCAUUGGUGUUGCCUUCAGUGAGCACGUUCGAGGCGACGCAGAUUGUCGGGUCGGCCAUCUCAGCGGUUUCCAGUGUGGUGGAGAAGGUGGAAGAAGUGGCUACUGCGACGAUUGCUUCCGGAGCGAAGGAAGUUGCCACGGGGGUGAUUGCUCCUGCGGCCACAAAUCUCGGCGACAGUGUCAAGAAUGCCAUAUGUGCGCAUACGAUCUUUUGCUGA